GGGCGGUCCCUGGAUGGAGUUUUCAGCCCGACCUCACGACCUCCUUCAAUGUCACAGACUCCGCCCUCCCGCCCCAUCCCCCGACCACAAAGUCACCAUGUGGCCCCUGGCGGCCCUGAUCGGCUUCCUGACCGUGGCCUUCUCAGGAGGCAUCUCGAGGGAGUAUCCCAAGAUUCUCAACGGCACCAACGGGACCAGUGGGUUCCUCCCGGGUGGCUACACCUGCCUCCCCCACUCUCAGCCCUGGCAGGCAGCCCUACUCGUCAAAGGGCGGCUGCUCUGUGGAGGGGUCCUCAUCCACCCCAGAUGGGUCCUCACUGCGGCGCACUGUCUAAAGAACAAGUACAGCGUGUACCUGGGCAAGCACACUCUGGGGCGUGUGGAGGCUGGAGAGCAGGUGAAGGAGGUGGCCCGCUCUAUCCCCCACCCUCAAUACCAAAUCAGCCCCUCCCACCUGAACCACGACCACGACAUCAUGCUUCUGGAACUGGAGUCCCCGGUGCAGCUCAGCAGACACAUCGGAGUCCUGCCCCUCUCCCACCACGACUGCCUCCAUCCCGGCACCUGCUGUCGGGUGUCUGGGUGGGGCACCACCACCAGCCCCCAGGUGACCUUCCCCCAGACCCUCCAGUGUGCAAACAUCCCGCUACGCUCUGAUGAGGAGUGUCGUCAAGUCUACCCGGGGAAGAUCACACCCAACAUGCUUUGCGCCGGUACCAAAAAGGGCGGCAAGGACUCCUGUGAGGGCGACUCGGGAGGUCCCCUGAUCUGUAACGGGAUGCUCCACGGCAUCAUCUCCUGGGGAGACUUUCCAUGUGGGCAGCCCAACCGGCCUGGCGUCUACACACGCGUCUCUCGCUAUGUCCCUUGGAUCCAAGCAACCAUCAGAAAACGGACAACCCCGGAGCAGAAAUGGACGAAGGGCCCACAGUAAAAGUUGGGGUGGCCUACCUGUCUCCUUGCCCAGUUGGCCCAGCCCUUCGCUGUUCCUCCCAAGGGGUUCCAUGUGAACCAGUGACGUGUGAUCUCAAAACACCCAGAUCCCAGCUGAUAUCACGGAGUGUUUCAGAAGCAUUCCUGCGUCAGCACCAUGGUCCCCUGGACUUUGCAUCCUGGAGACAUCCCAGCCUCCCCAGACAUCCCAACCCAGACACGUUCGGGGUCUCCCAGUUUUGGCAGAAACCCAGGUCACCGUCCGAACAUUCUGGAAUGCUCUUAAAUACCUCCAUCAGCCCAUCUCAACAAUAGUCUAUGUCCCGUGAACAAACUCCCUUUGACAACAAAUACCCCUUCAAGUAUUUUUUCGUUGCCAAUAUUCUAGAUCCUUCUGUGUUUUGUACUCCAGAAGGUUCUAGACUCCCAUGACAUUUCUUCCUGAAAAAUCUUCACUCGUGUGCAGACUCUGCUGCCUCACCAUUAUAUGCACCAAAGGAACAUGGGGACAUCCCUGGGGACAUUUCUGGGAAUUGUCCCGCUGCAGCCUACAUUCCACAUGUGGCCAAUAUCCUCUGCUUCUAGAUCCUCCUGUUCAAGCAGCAGCAGCUCUCUAAACACUAGGGCGAUGGGGUUGAGUAUCCAAGGAGCCUCCUUGCCCUAUUGUCCACUAACUAUUCUGUGUUUUUAUCUUAUCCGCAAACAUCCUUGUUUGGGGGCUGCACUGAUGCCUCUUUGUCUGUGACCCCAAAAUGCGGUGGUUGAAUGCUCAGCUGCAAGAAUCCCUGCUUUGAAUAAGUCCUAAAAUGCACAACCUCUGUUUUCUCAUCUGUAAAAUGGGACUCGUUGAGCACAGAUCGCUGUUAUUAUUUGCCAGGUUCCUUAUAAAAUGUUACCUUCGGCUUUUCAUAACAACAACCUCAAGUUCACGGUGCCCCAGAUGUGCUGCGUUCACUGCUUUUUUUUCUCAGCAGACAUUUAUUCAGUGCUGACCACGUGCAAAUACUCUCCUGGGUGCUGGCACAUACAGUUUUGUUUAUUUAUUCAAGAAACGUUGGUACCUAUGACAAGCCAAGCACUGUUCCAGGCACAGGUAGGAAACAGUGUGUUGAAGAAACAACUGCCUUUGUAUAGCUUUUGUGUUUGCAGGAUCACACGAUAAACAAGAUGAAUAGAGAGAAGUUCUCUCAGGUGGUGACAUGAGUCAUGG